GCUUAAUUUUAUUGUGUCAAGUCGCAGUCUCAGUGCGCCAUAGUUAACCGUUGUGCGCCAGAAAACGGUCGCGCGCCACCAUCUUGAGAAUUUCCCGCCAAUUGUUUAAUUUCAGGACGAAAGUUUUUAAAGUGACAAAAGGAAUAAUAAUAUAGUGCCAUUUAAUAGUAAUAAAUGUUUUCAAAUAUUAAAGUGCAAAUCAAUUAGAAAGUGGUAUUUUACUUGUUACGUUUAAAAGGUUGACCUCCACGCGGUUCCCCCUGGAAACCAUUAUGACAACUUCCUGCUGAUUUGUCACGAUGGGCUGACUGACGUCAUGCUCAUCUUAUCAUCCUCCACUGGUGCCCCGCCAGCGUAAACCGUAAUGGAAAAGGAAGUAAACCUACGAUUUCGACCUGGAAGAACGUCUUCCACACUCCGAACACCCCAAAGCGGCUGCACACGCGCUAUGAACAAGAAAUCACACAAGAAAAAGCAAAAGAAGAGAGCGAGAGAUGGGAAGAAUAAAGAGAAUGUCAUCGACAGGGAUGGAAGUCCUGAAGUUCUCGAUAAUGAAGAAAGUCAACCGCCAGCGGCGGAGAAGAAUCGCUGUUAUGAAAUAAAGCAUUCAGACAUAAUGGGCAGGUACCUGGUAGCUACCCGUGACAUCAGAGCUGGUGAAAUGAUCAUCGAGUCUCCAGCGCUGGCGGUGGGCCCGUGCACCGGCUGUGCGCUCAUAUGCCUCGGAUGUUACAGGGAGCUGGACGAAACCAGCGUCUAUAAAUGUCGUGGUUGCAAAUGGCCCAUGUGCAGCAGCUCGUGUCCCGGCCAGGGUCAGUACACCGGGCACUCCAAGUACGAGUGCGACACUUUGAAGGCCGUCCCACCAGAUUACUGUGAUCUCAUGGACCUGAAGGAUUCGUAUCAGGCGUUAAUGCCGUUGAGAUGUCUACUUCUAAAAGAGGCUGAUCCUGACAAAUGGUCUGCCAUAUGUGCCAUGGAAGCCCACAACGAGCUGAGGCGUGCCAGAGGCGACAUCUUCCCUAUGAACGACAGGAAUAUCGUGAGAAGAAUGAAGAAAUGGGGCCUGAAAUUCGAAGAGGAAGAAAUACACAAUAUCUGUGGCAUACUAGAGGUGAACGCGUUCGAGGUGGGCGGCAGCGGUGCGACUGCACGCGCGCUCUACAGCGACGCGCACUUGUUGGCUCACGAGUGCACGCCCAGCACUACGCACACGGAUGCUGAGCGUGCCGUCGGCAGGCCGCUCGCCGUACGCGCCUCCGUGUCACACCGCGCUGGUGACCUCAUCUCUCUGUGCUACGCGUAUACCCUGCAGGGUACACUGAAGCGACGUGAGCACAUAAAACAAACCAAGUUCUUCGACUGCUCGUGCAAACGUUGUUCGGAUCCCACUGAGCUGGGAACAUAUGCUAGUGCGUUCAGAUGUCCCAAGUGCACUGGCAGAGUACUGUCGACUGCACCACUUGAUCCUGCUGCGCAGUGGAGUUGUAUCGACAAUGGAUGCACAUACAACAUGUCAGCAUCAGCCGUACAAUUACUGGUGAAGAGGCUAACAGACGAAUUUGAGCAAAUAGACGUCAAUGACGUUCCCGGAUAUGAGAACUUCCUCCAUAAGUAUAGGAAUGUACUCCACAACACGCACUACCUCUGCUUAUCCGCUAAACACUCACUCAGUCAACUGUAUGGGAAAGUGACAAAUUACAUGAUUCACGAGAUGCCAGAGAUGGAGCUGAAGAGGAAAAUUGAUAUAUGUCGAGACCUGAUGAAGGUUUUUGAUAUCAUUGAACCGGGGUAUUCAAGAUUGAGAGGAGUAACACUGUACGAGUUACAUGCCCCGUUAAUGAUUCUGACUACAAGGGAUUUUGAAAGGAAAGUUAUAUCAAAAGACAAUCUUCGGACUCGUCUCAAAGAGAUCGUGGGGUAUUUAACAGAGGCUGCGUUGAUCCUCGGUUUCGAACCAGCACAGUCGUCCGAAGGCCUCAUGGCUUCAGCUGCUCGGGAUGCUCUGAAGAAAAUAAGAACUUGGGAGCAGAUCAUCGGCAAAAUAUCAUGAGAGUCAGCUUCUAUGAUUUGUAAAAAGACAUCUUUUAAAACCGAACACUAAGAUCUGAAAUUGCUAAGGAUAGUCUAAAAUUUAUGGUAAUUUGAAAAAAGGCAGUUCAUUUACUACUAAUAAACUGCAUUCAUGGUAUGAUUUGCAAACCAAUUUGUUGGUCCGAUUUGUCGGAUUACGAUUUGUAUGUAAAGAGCCUUAUUUCUUAGCCAGGUCAACAUUUAAGAGACACAAUCUCGACGUGGUCGACCAAAUGCCAAAUCGCGUAGUACCUACAUGCUUUAAAUAAUUCUGUUAAAAGUAAUUAUAAAUACAAUUAUCUAUAUAUAUG